AUGUUUUCCAACACAGACACCGCAGACACCAGUCUGUCCUUAUCCAAGACGUCGAUGACCACAGCCACGGCCACGCAGCUUCUCGCCCUCACCACGCCGUUCAAGCAACCACGCGGAUGCGAUUCACAUUGGGAGCGCACAAGCAUACUCUCAACCGAGGGCGACACAUCUACUGUGCUGGUCCUUUUGUCGAAAGCUGUACCAUCAUGUUACCCAUCUGGCUGGGAGGAUGUCGUGCCCGAGAGUCGCUGGAACUUCAACCCGGCCGUAUGCCCUAGUGGCUGGACCUACUACGACAUGGCGGAAGAUCGAGAAAUGGGGGUUUCCACGGCCUCCUGCUGCAAUAGUGGCUAUACUCGCCUAAACGAUGACGACUGGGAACUCGUUGCCUACGACAUCAGCACCUACCAUUGUGGACGCUGGGUGCAGAACACCGAUGAACUAUCCACCACGAGCAAUGCCGAGGCAGCAUCCAGCGUGAGCACGAUCCGAACUCUCAUGUUACACAAGGCCUGGAGUAUAUCCUGGAACGCAUCCGAUACGUCGACGAUGACACCGAAGCUGCCUUCUUUGACCAACAAGAUGGAGGUUCCAGUGUGGACGCCUGGUCAGGAUAUUCCCAAGGGUAAAUAUGAUGAAAGCCUGGUUGAAGAUGGUCCACUGUCGGGUGUUACAGGCCGGUUUCUGCUCAUUGGUCUACCUAUUAUUGGUGUUUUUUUUGUAUUGUUAGGUGCUUGGAUUUGUUUCGUGCGUCACAAGAGACGACAGAGAGCUGCGAGAAAGUAA